ACAGCCAAAAUACGAACGGUGUGAACACGCCUAUCAAUUAUUUUGCAAGUAGCCACCACUUUAUCAAGUGAAGCUAUAAAUUGCCGAAAACUCCCAAAAAUAUAUCAGUUUUCGAUUAGCAUUACAAACGCGCAGUCCCGUAAAUUUAAACUUAAAUUUGUUAUGAUUUUAUUGCUAUUAAUAAUAACGGCAUUUGCACUCGCGCUUCUCUAUAUAAAAUGGACUUACACUUAUUGGCAACGCAAAGGCUUCCCUUAUUACGCGCCCAAAAUCCCCUUUGCCGUGUUAGAUGGCGUGCGGAAGCGUGAAGUUUCAUUGGGCAUGGCCGUUUAUGAUGUUUAUCGCACCACGAAGGACAAAGUAGUUGGUAUUUACCUAAUGACACGACCGGCUUUGCUUGUGCGCGAUGCUCAAUUGGCGAGAGAUAUUUUAGCGAAGGAUUUCGAAAGCUUUCACGAUCGUGGCAUACACGUAGACGAUGAAAAAGAUCCACAAUCGAGAGGUGGAAUUUUUUUUCUCAAAGGUCAGGAUUGGAAAAAUUUAAGGGGUAAACUGGCAGCCUCAUUCACCUCAGGCAAGUUGAAAGGCAUGUUCGGCAUAGUGGAAAAUGUGGCAGAUAAAAUGGUAAACUAUUUGAAUGAACAGCUGGCGGAAAGCGAUGUAAAAGAGUUCGAGAUGAAGCAUGUAAUGGGGACCUAUGCCAUCGACGUAAUUGCCUCGUUGUUUUUUGGUUUGGAAAUAAACAGUUUUCUUGAGCCAAAUAAUGAGAUUCUUAACGUUAGCCGGAAAGUCAAUGAGCCAACUUUUGGGAGUGUGGUGCGCGGGACGUGUCAAUUUUUGUAUCCUAGUCUGGAAAAGCUAUUCAUACGUAUGGGAUGGCGCGAAGAGGCGCCCAAUAUGAUGAGGCAGAUCGUAAAACGCACCAUAAAAAUGCGUGAGGAGCAGAAUAUCUCACGCAAAGAUAUGCUUCAGCUACUAAUGCAACUGCGCAACAAAGGCGAAAUUAGCGCAGAUGACAAUGACUGGUCCGCAAAUGCUGGAAAUGCAGAUGCAUCAAAACCCAUGUCCAUUGAAACCAUCGCAUCGAAUUUAUUCCUCUUCUAUGUAGCCGGUUUUGAGACGACUGCUUCCGGCAUUUCUUUCACUGCCUUUGAAUUGGCGCAACAGCCAGCUGCUUUGGAAAAAGUGCAGCGUGAUGUUAAGCAAGCGUUAGAAAAACAUGGCAAUAAAUUCACAUACGAAGCGAUACAAGAUAUGAAAUACUUGGAGUUAUGUUUGAUGGAAACUACACGCAAGUAUCCCGGCCUACCGAUUCUCAAUCGGCAAUGCACUCGCGACUAUCCUCUACCGGAUAGCAACUUGGUGAUCAAGGCGGGAACCCCAAUUAUUAUUUCGCUAUUUGGUUUGCAUCGUGAUGCCAACUAUUUUCCUGAUCCUAUGCUUUGGCAGCCAGAACGAUUUGUGAAUCAAAAUUAUGAUCCUGUUGCUUAUAUGCCAUUCGGUGCGGGUCCCCGGCAUUGCAUUGCACAACGUUGGGGAAAAGUUAUCGUAAAAAUCGCUUUAGCGAAACUACUUUUAAAUUUCAAUAUCGAAAUGAAUCCGGUACGAAAAGAACUCGAAAUGGCUAACUUUGGCGUAUCACUUUUAGCCAAAGGCGGUAUAAAUGUGCGUUUGUCGAAGAAGAAAGCAACCGUAGGCGCCUAAAUUAGACGUAAUUGGUUAAGGAUUUUUUAUUAUUUUAAAAUUUAUUAUUUUUUGUAUUAUUUAAAUAAAAUUUAAGUUUUGUGAAAUGAGUGUAAGCAUCGUUCUAUAUAAGGCAUACAAAAUGGAAUGGCGGCUAAUUGGAAUGAGCUGCAAUUGAUGGAGAAGUUCGUGGAGUUAUCGUUUCUCCCACCUAACGUGUUCGUCAAAUGGGUUUGCAGCAACGUCUGACAGCG